GCAAGCUGCUAUUUUACUAUAGAUUCCGGAACAGAACACUUCCUGGUAUUAAAAAAAAAAAAAAAGUCGCGGUUUUAGUACGUUUCGUGUUAAACAUUACCGUGAUAAAAAUGGCAUUCAGGACAUCCUAAGACAUUUUGAAACAGCGGAUAAAGCUCGUUAUAAUCUCAGUUCUUUGUCUGUGGAGAGAAUUUAAGGAUGACAGACCCCAACAAACCUGGGCGUAAGCUGUCCACAUCAGGAGAAAGCUUAUACAAGACCCUGGACUUGCAAAAAGGAGCUUCAUCUGAGGACAUUAAAAAAGCUUAUAGAAAACUUGCACUCCGUUAUCACCCAGACAAGAACCCAGACAACCCAGAGGCUGCUGAAAAGUUUAAAGUGAUCAACAAUGCUAACUCCAUUCUUAAUGAUGAGACCAAACGUCAGAUCUACGAUCAGUAUGGAUCCAUGGGCCUUUACGUGGCUGACCAGUUUGGAGAAGAAAGUGUUAAAUACUAUUUCCUCAUGUCAAAAUGCUGGUUCAAGGCACUUUUUUUCUGUACCAUGUUCUUCACUUGCUGCUGUUGCUUCUGCUGCUGCUGCUGCUGCUGUGGGAAGUGUGGAUCAAAAGAGGAAGAGGAGGAAUACUUCUAUGUGGAUCCUGAGCAGCUUGAAGCUCAAAUGUUUGAAGAGCAAAACAAAGGGAAUCAAACUGUUAUUGUCGGACAGCCAGUUCCCUCUGAAGCUCCAGGAGCUUCACCACAGGGUCCUGUGAUCAUAGGCAUGCCUAUUCCUAGUCAAGACACUGUGGACCAUUAAGGUGGAGACAGCCAUAAACACAAAGCCAGCUCUCCACAGAACAUCAGCCUUUUGCCUUUAAAGAUCAAACAAGUACAGCCACGUCAUUGAACUUGGCCCACUGGCACUUGAGGAAAUUUUGGCUGAUGGACAGGGGCUGCAUAUAGUGUGUGUGUGUGUGUGUGUGCAUGCGUGUGCAUACGCGCUCUCUGUGGAGUAAAAGUGGUUCAGAAUAUACCGUUUACACUCACUGUACUUUUCCUUCUGUACUUUUAAUGUGGUAUCAAGUUCUUUCCCAUAUUUAGAUAUUUAUAUAGUGAAAUCUUUUAAAUUGACAGUAACCAAUUUGUUUCUCCAGCCCAAAAAAUAUACUGGUAUUCAUAUUGUACAUGAGAUUGGGUGGGAUACUUUGUAAUUCCAAAACCUCUUUAGGAGCACACAAUACCAGCCGGUUUGGCCUGCCUUUGUUUAUUUGUCUUAAAUACAAAUUUAAAUGGGAACUACAUUUUAGUUUAAAUGACUGUGACCAUGACACAUUCAUAUUUAUCUUUACUCAUAAUAGCAUAUUGGCACUAUUUAAAUAUUUUCGACAUUUAGCAUGGACUUUAAAAACACUUUAAAUGCAGCAGUGAUUGGACUACAAUGCUGUAUUAGAGCAGUUGCAAUACUUUGCUUGACAGCAUACUGUGAUUAAAAAAUACAAGCAUACAUGCCUUAGAAUAAAUGCUGUUUUUGCAUGCUCUUGGUGAAAAACAUUACCCACAGUACCCAAGAAAAUAUUUUGAAAUCUGGUAUUUAGAUUUAUGAAUAAUGUACUAAGAACAAGUCAGAGGUUACUCAGGUAUCUUCCAGAUUGACAUUUUCAUGCUUCUGGGAUCUCAUUAAGAUAUUUUACUUUUGAGAAAUUCAAACAAUGGCAUAACUGUAAUGACUCAUCUGAUAUAUAUUUUUAUAUUAGUGUAAUGCAAAAAUACGGUUCAAUGCUUCAGAUGUUUGUGCAAUAUAAAAAUGUUUGUAUUUGUACAUUGGAAGUGUAUGCUAUGAUUUAAAUUGAAUAAAUUAUACUUUUGAUUGCCA